AUGAGUGACUUGGUAAUAGAAACACAAUCUCCAUCUUUAUAUGGAGUUGCACCACCGAUAAGCGAUGAGGCUAUGGAGGCGAAACGAAAAGCAUUAGAAAUUCUUGUUGCUAAUCCAGAACUAGAUCGAAUACCAGUACCAAAUCAUCUCUUACAAUCAAAACUUUUUGUUAAAUUAAAACGUAAUAAAUUAGUUGAAGUAACGCCACAGGAAAUACAUUUCGAUGGCUUUGAAUUAAAUCAAACUCAAACACGUGAAAUACAUGUAUUAAAUCGUUCAUCUGAAGUUUUACGUGUCGAUAUUAUUCCACCACAAACGUCAGCAUUUCAAAUUGAAUAUAAAAAGCCUCAACGUCUUGUACCAGGUUUUUCUAUACGUGUAAAAAUUUUAUUUAAACCAACACAAUGGCAAUACUAUCAUGAUGCUAUACGUAUACAUACACCAGAACGUGAUCAUCAUAUAAUUACACCAAUACAUGCCUAUCCAAUUAUAUUAUUAGAUGGAAUAUUACCCAAAUUAUAUCAAUUUGCCAAUACACCCAUUGGACAAGUGAUAACGAAAACAUUUUCAUUUCAAUCAGCAGCACCUGUUGAAUUUCAAUAUCGUAUUGAUAUUCUUAGUCAGGAUCCAGCUUUAACUAUUGAACCAAUGGAAGGUACGAUCGAUCAAUUAAAUGUUACACAUAUAACAGUAACAUAUGCACCAACAGUAUUUUGUACAUCCCGUUUGUCCGUUGCGAUUAAUGUAUCACAAUUUCAUGUACAACCAUUUCUUUGUACAUUUAUUGGAAAAUGUCUGCCAGGUCUUGCCAGAGAAUUAGCUAAAAAACAAUUGGAUAUGAGUGGCCAAUUUUCAACAGAUAAUAUUAAUUUAGUAUUAAAAAAGUCUCCAUCAAUGAUGUUAACUAUGACAUCAUCAAUAAAACAAAAGCUCGUGAAACAACAAACAAUAGAUUCUAAUUUUGAGAAUGAAAUUGAACGAGAUGGUCUUCGUAUACCGAAAAAACUUGAUUCAACAUGGGCCGUAUCAAAAGUAUUAUUGCAAAAAAAAGGAAAAGUCGCUUUGAAAGAUUUAAGAAGAUUAAAUGAAUUAGCUCCCGAAAAUCAAAGCGGACUUAACCGACAAAAAAAAGAAACAAUUUUUUUACAAGAUGUUAAUCGUAUUGAAGAUGAGGAACAAAGAAAUAAAAUACGUUGGCAAACAAAACUCGGUUAUGAUCCAUUGUCUCAAACAGAACGUGAAAAUAUCCUUGCCAGUCGAAAAAUAUCUUGGGACGAAUAUUCAAUUCGUAUUGGUCAUCCAAUACCUGAAGAGGAAUAUGCUCGAGAAACAGUUAAAUAUUCCGAACAACGUACUAUUCGAACACUUGAUAUGAAAAUUCGUACAGAUGCUAAAUUUGAUCUUCAUACAAAUAAUCUUUGGCUAAAUCGUUUACAAGUUCUUGAUCAUUUUGCCCAAGCAGCACGAAAAGUCAUUGUGAAGCAAAGACUUGGUCAUCGUCUCAAAGCUAUCAAAGCAUUUAUUAUUGCUUUCAAAACGCAUAAAACUAACAAAGAUAUUUUUUUAUUUGGAUUUGAAUAUUUAAAAACUCUACGUGGUGAAACAUUAGAAACAGAUGCUCAUAUAUUAAUUAUUCGAAAUAGUUCUAUUGGUACAUUUCAUUUACCGAGAAGUGAUGAAGAUGAGCAAGAUAAUUCAAAUACUAUUGAAGCUAUUAGUGCUGUUAGUGCACCUCAAAUGACUUUUAAAAAUCGUUAUGUUUUAUCUAUAAUGCCAUUAACAGUACCUAAACAAUAUAAAUUACUUAAUUAUCAAAUAAUUGACCCAUUAUUUAUUCGUUUUGAUUAUACAACAUAUAAACUUGCUCGAUCAUUACGUGUUGGAGCUGAAGAUGAACUAAUUAAACUUGAUGAAACACCCGUGGAUAGAUCAAUAACAAAUGCUAUAGAAACAACCGAAAAGCCAAUAAUAAUUACUCCAAAAAUUCCAUCGUCUAUUCUAAAAGCUCCAAUCUAUAAUCCUCUCACGGUUUUUAAUCCAACACCAGGAGUUAUAACCUAUGAAACUCCGUUGCCUUAUUCAGCUGUUGAUGUAGAUAAUGCUAUUUGUCCUAUACCCUUACUUGAACGACCUGGAUAUUCAUCUACAAAUCGAUACCUUGAUCGAGAAGAUGUUAUUCAAGGAACAAUGACAUGGAAGAAUAUGAAUAGUACGGGCCUCUCUGCUCUUUCUCAAGUACCUACUAUGUCGAACGUUUGGCUUCCGAGAUGGAACGAUCCAUUUUCUGAAGAUGUUUUACCAACAAAUCUACCAGCACUUUUAAAUGAAAUGCCUGCAUCUGAUCGUAAUCAACUUUUAGAUAACGACAUGAAUGAAGAAAAUAAACUUGUUCUUACACCAGAAAUGAUUCGUGCUGAAUUUCUUGAAGCACAUAUUGAUGGAGCAGGCAGUGGAAAACAAGAUGCUAUGUUUAAGAGAAAGAAAUCGACGAUGUCUUCAUCAAAUGGAUUUCCUUAUGGUGAUAAAUUACCUGAAUCGAAUGUAUUACUUUCAGUAUAUGGUCGAGAAUCUCGAGCACGACGUGAACAAGAACUUGAUUAUUUUCAACGUAGAAAAUUUGGUCAACUAACUGAUAAAGUGAAUAAACGUAUAGAAAAAUAUCAUGCUGCCGUACGAAACGAUUUUGCACUAUUAUCUGAUCAACAACAACAACCACAACAACUACAAUCCCAACAACAGCAAACAAUACUAAUUGAACCAUCUCAAUAG